AUGUCAGUCAGUACUCUGAUCGACAGAUUUCGUCUUUCCAUUUACGCAUAUAGAUUAAGUACUUUAAGUAACUGGCCUUAUGAUGGGAAUUCCCUUUGUACAGCUGAGAAAAUGGCCAAGUCUGGGUUCUACCGACCGAAUCCAAACAAUCCAACUACUACACAAUGUUUUGUUUGCAUGAAAGAAUUAGAAGGAUGGGAACCUGAUGAUGAUCCAGACAAAGAGCAUAAAAGUCAUUCACCGAAGUGCCCUUUCCUCAAAUCCAAGCAAUAUGAACAAAUGACUUAUGAAGAAGGUUUAGCAAUGGAUGUUGAAAGAUAUUGUACUUAUCUUUCCAAGAUUCUUUCGGAUCAGUAUGAUGUCCAAAAAGUCCAAAAGGCAUUUAAAAUGUUAACUGAUAUUGUAUUAUCCAAACUACCAAAGCGAAAUAAAAAAAAGAAAUCGAACCUCAGCAAAACAAAACACUCAAUUAUGUCAAAUUCAAGUAUUAAAUCAACCAGGAGUACUCGAAGCAAAAGAAUAUGA